AUGAUUCGCCCGGCUACCCCAGGAACGCUCCUGACGUUCGUAGCUGCGAUUCUGCUCGGCCUCGUCACCAUCUCGACCCCCAUCAUCAAAUCCAUCUACUUCUUGGAAGCAACCAUCGGCGGCAAUGGUCCUCAAGCCGGUCAAAGCGCUCGCUUCGGUGCGCUGGGCUACUGCCUUGGCGGCACCUGCAGCGAUCCCGCUCUCGGCUACUCGUUCGACCCCAACCAGCUUCUCGGUAUCCAGGUCGUCGGCAGCAGGUACACCUCUGCUGUCAUCAAGGGUCUGACCUACACGCUCAUUCUUCAUCCCAUCGCACUCGGCUUUGCAGUCGUUGCCUGUCUACUUGGCCUGAUCUCGCACUGUCGCGAGUUCUCCACCAACUGCUUCGGCAGCUUCGUAACGGGUAUCGGCGCUCUCAUCUCCGCCGUCGCUUUCGGCCUCGACCUGGCCCUCUUCAUCGUCGCCCGGCAGCGCAUCAACUCGAUUCAAGGCGCUUCUGCUUCCCUCGGCAUGGCCAUCUGGAUGACGCUGGCAGCGUGGAUCCUCAUGUUCCUUGCAGGCUGCGCAUUCACUUGCGGCAUCUGCGGCAGGAGGAGGCGCAACCGCGUCAAGGAUUCGCACGUCGACGAGGCCUAUGGAUCGCGACCCGCUAAGCAACGAGAUGACUACGGCCAGCAGAUGCGCAUGGAGGCGCUCGACGCGGAAGCAGACAGGAAGCGCAGGCAGGCCACGCUCGACAGGAACACCCAACGCAGCGAUCUGCCCAAGUUCGCCGAGUACGAAACCGAACACACGGUGCCGCUGAAGAACGACUACGACGAAGGUGCCUAUGCGAACGGAGCCAGUCAGCAUCAGCCAGGCCUGGCCUACUCGACCAACAGCAACAUUGCUCGUGCCGGCGCUGUUGGUGCCGGUGCCGUCGCAGGUGGGUCCGUCAUCAACGGUGUCGGUCAGGGCUACGGCAGGAGGCAAGCACAGGGUAGCCACGCCGAAGACUUCUCCACCGCAUCGCCCAUGCUCAACAACACGGCCGGUCACGGAGCGCACAAUGUCAGCAACAUCCGUCAAAACACCAUGUCGCCCAGUCAGAGCGAUUCGACCUACAUCCCCGGUGUCGGACCUCAGCCGUUCCGCGAAGACUCGCUCACACCAGCACCACGACCCUAUCCUCAAGUUUCGUCGCCACCGCCCAUGCCGGACCACAACCAGUAUGCCUCGCAGCAACAGCCGCAGUACGAUGUGUAUGGUAACCUUAUUCCGUCUGCCACUGGCAGCAGCCACUACAGCCAGCCAGCAGGGCGUCGUCAGGCGACCAACGAGUAUGGUCAUCCUGCCGAGUACUCGGGUGCUACAUUUGGUGGUGCUGGUUCUGGGUUUGUGGGUUCUUCGGCCGGCGGUUCACGCAUGAUGCCGUCCAUCCCCCAUGACUCGGAACCACGGGAGAUCGUCUACGGCGGCACAACCGGUCUGCCAGAGCGACGCCAAGGGACGGUGGAUGACGGCUUCGGCCUCGCCUCCUCCUCGCAUGCGCACGAACCUCUGCACGAACAACACACCUCGUCCGCUCAGCAGCACCAGACCUAUCCGUCGGCAGGCGAGGCCAGCGGAUCCGCCCUCCAGCGACAGUACGGUUCGGAAAGCCACUUUGACGAGGAUCACAGUGGACCCGCCCCGCCUGGGUACGAGAGUGUUUCGGGUGGAACGGGGUAUGCGCACAACCACUAUCCGGUUGAGAAGUCUUAG